CUACAAGCCUGUUGCUGAGAUGAACAUUUUCACUAGAAAGUACAAAAACUUUAAUGCUGCCAGUCACUUCUCCAGUUUGGAAUUGUUCUCUGUUGUACCGCAACAUUCCCCAUCUUUGUUAAUAUUUUUAUUUUUUUUUAUCUUUUACUUUUAUUUUUAUUUUUCUGUUAAACUUCUAGUUUUCUUUUUUCAUUCCAUCCCUUUUCAUGAUCCCUCCAGCUGGGCAUCAAGAAGAGUAAUACAAACCCUGCAUCAUCUAUUUGCUUGAUGCUCGUGCCGCCGGCGCAUCCCUCAUGAGCGCCAACUACGCGUAAAAAAAUGUGCUAGAGGUUGGCUGUGGCUGUAUGAGUCUCACAAUCUUGCAAUCAGCGGCUAUCUCGGAUCUAUUUGUGUCGUCGUGGUCCUGUUGUAUAACUACAUAUUAGGUAGUGUUGCCAGUUAUUUGGCAUGCCAUCAUCCUGAAUGCAUCUAGAUCAGAAUUUCCCUAGGACCGUAUCCAUAAGCUGGGGACUCACAAGUUCCGCUUCGUCUCUAGGACUCUUUUCGCCAUUUAUAGGAAAGCUAAUUAUCACGCCUUCGGCCGACAAACGUCCUCCUUAAACGAUCGUAUCUAUAUUACGAUAUCUAUCGCCUUCCACCUGUCCUCUCCCCCAAGAAUCCACGAACACCUAGUCACAAAAACCGGGUCGCCCACGAGGCUCGGCGAUAAACAAUGGCGUGGGAUCAUCUCUCCAUCACAAAACCCCAUCUGGUGUACAUCAUCUUAGGGGGUUUCACUUCGCUUUUUAUGCUUUGUUCUUCCGUUAUCAAGGAGCGCAUGUAUAUUGGUGAAGCUACUGUUGCCACUUUGUGUGGUGUCAUCUUUGGUCCUCAUGCCGCAAAUUUAAUCGACCCCGUGUCCUGGGGGAGAGUCGACGAGACCACCCUCGAGUUCUCCCGAAUCGUCUUGGUCGUCCAGUGUUUUGCCGUUGGAGUAGAGUUGCCCAAAUAUUACAUGGAGAAGCAUUGGAAAUCCGUCGUCUUCUUGCUACUCCCCGUCAUGACUGCGGGGUGGCUAAUUACUAGUCUCGUCAUCUGGUGGAUGUUCCCAAUUCUGUCUUGGCUCGAGAGCUUGGUGGUUGCUGCUUGCGUUACAGCUACAGACCCCGUCCUUGCAUCUUCAGUUGUUGGUAAGGGAAAAUUUGCGAAGCGAGUACCAAAGCAUCUGAGGGAUCUGCUCUCUGCCGAAUCCGGUUGCAACGACGGCAUGGCGUUCCCUUUCGUCUACCUUUCCCUCUAUCUACUGCAGGAGAAUUUGGACGCUAAAAUGACGACUUAUCAUUUUCUUGUCUACACAGUUCUCUACGAAUGUAUCUUCGGGGCGAUUUACGGGUUCCUCAUUGGCUAUAUCGCACGCCACGGGAUUAAGAUUGCUGAAAAGCGCGACUUGAUCGAUCGCGAAAGCUUUCUAGUCUUCUACUUUACCUUGGCCCUCUUCUGUGCAGGGUCUGGUAGUAUUCUAGGUGUAGACGAUCUACUGGUCGGAUUCGCUGCCGGUGUUGGCUUUUCAAACGAUGGUUGGUUUAGCGAGAAAACUGAGGAGUCCCACGUGUCCAACGUUAUCGACUUGCUACUCAAUUUGACAUACUUUGUCUUCCUGGGCACCAUCAUCCCUUGGGAUCAGUUCAACAAUGCAGAUAUUGGCCUUUCCGCCUGGAAGUUAACCGUCAUGGCUAUAUUUGUCAUCCUGUUCCGUCGAAUCCCGAUUAUGAUGAUGCUUAAGCCAGUAAUACCUGACAUAAAGACUUGGCGAGAAGCUCUAUUUGCUGGGCAUUUCGGUCCAAUCGGUGUCGGUGCAAUAUUCGUGGCUUUACUUGCUCGUGCCGAGCUAGAAACCGAGCAUAGCGUUCCUAUGGCAGAACUUCCGCCGCCCGGGGUCGAAUUCUACAAUGUUAUCAUCCUUGUAUGGCCGAUCGUUACUUUCAUGGUAAUAGCCUCCAUUCUUGUCCAUGGUUCGUCUAUAGCAGUAUUCACCCUGGGCAAGCGUAUCAACACUCUAUCAAUUACAAUGUCGUUCACGACUGCUCUAGACGAUGGCCCUGCUUGGAUGAGUCGCUUGCCCCGAAUCUCAUCUCAGUCACGAUCACAAGCCCGAACGAUGUCAGAUACGGAUCUCGACGAUAUAAAGAUACCCGAUUUCCCACCUGGCACACUGCCACCCACUGGAAUGCCCGGUCAGUUCUUGCGGCGCCAGCGUGAAGAGGAAAACCCAAGCAGAGCAGGAAGUCGUGCUUCAUCUCGUCGUCGCAGCAAUAGGAAGAAGUGGGACGAUGGAAUUGGACCCGGUGGCCCUGUAAGCCAGUCAGCUAUCUUUCCCCAGCGACGAAGCAAUAGUGAAGCAGAGCCGAUGUCACCGUCUGACUCCGUUCCGCCCAUGUCUCCACCCAUGUCUCCGCGACAGGAGAGCCCUGCCUCGCCAUCAGAUGGACUACGUGAGAAAGAGAGCGAAAAUGGUCUCGAACAGCACGGUGCUGCUAGGGAACGCGAGCACGGAGGCCGUACAGGCCGUCAUCGAACACGAAAACACACUGAAAUCGACGUUUACGAUGAGGGUGACCACAUUGUGGUUGAAGACCAAGACGGUCAAGUACUGGCUGUCGAGGAAACUGGACAACGGCCCAUGCAUGAAUUACAUGAAAUGAAGGAGCAGGCAAAAGCUGAAAUUCAGAGGCCUGGAUGGACAUAUGAUUCGCUUAAGAAAAGCAUUUGGAAGUGGCGUGAUGAGGAGGCCCAAAAACGCAAGGAGAAGGCGAAAGCCGAACGGAAACAUGAGCCGGCUCGAGCAUAUCAGUUUGGCAAUACGAUUAUUGUCGAGGAUGAGGAUGGAGAAGUUGUGAGAAAAUACGAUCUGCCAGCUGACCGUGCCGAAGGUGGCAAGGAUUAUGUUGCUACAGGCUUGAAGUAUAUGGGAAUGGGUGGCCUCGUUAAACCAUCUGAUAAGCCGGUUCCUGAAAUUGAAGAAAAACCCGAACAAGAAGGUUCUCAAGCAACUAGCAGCCAACCUGGAUCUCGGGCGAAGAUGGGCGGAUGGCCAGGUUUCGGUCGCGGUGGUGCUCACGAGCAAAAGAAGGACGCAGCCGUCACUCCCGACGAACACGACGGAGAAGAAGAGGACGACCGCAGAAUUCGAUUUACGAUUGGUGGUAUUGGACGACGUAUGAAUAAGGACGACUUUCUCAGCGAAGUGCGAAAAUUGGAUGCUAGGACGCGCCGUGAGGUGGUGGAUCAGUCUACCGCAACUGCAGCAGUAAAAUCAAUGGCAAAGGACCAGCCCCCGGCGGACACGAUACGCAGCCAACAAGUUUCUGCUCAUCCGCAUAUUAGUGUGACUCAGGCAAGCGACAGCACUCGUGAAGCAAGCCAAUCACCCGACCAAGAAGAGCCUGCUCGUGGGCGUAGCCCAACGACGAGCGUGGAGCAGGCGCCAUCGGAUACUCCGGAAACGGCAGCUGAACGACGGCGUAGACUGGCAGCUUUUGCCACCGUCCGCGAGGACACUGAUACAGGAGAAACGCCGGCAGAGCGCAGGAGGAGGGCGGCAGCGUUGGGUGUGGACAGUGACGCAGCCGAAGACAGUGACAGCGAUGACGAUGAUACCCCUAGAGUACCUCCCGCGGUAAAACGAGGGAUCAGAUUUGCGGAUUCCCCGGCCAACAAGGGAUAAAGCCGCAUUGAUAAUGCUUGUUGUGUUUUUCUUUUUCUUUUUAAUUACGAUAUGACUGAAUUGGCAUGGCGACGACAAGAAUCAAGUGGAAUUAUUUGCAUGAGGUAGAGUAAAGUAUUAUUCUUCCAUCUAGAGCAGGAAGUGUUUCGUGGUGUGUCGAUGUCUAGGUAUGAAUGAACAGUGGGAGGGUGAAGGGAUAGGGAGAUGAUGGUAUAUAUACGACGAAGAGGCCACGAUGUAAGCUACUUAAUAUCCUGGGAAGUAUUUAUUUACUAGUUAGACGAAGGACAUUUUUUACCUACCUACCUACAUAGUAGUAGUAUAUGAAGAUUAAAAUCAAAACAAGUCUUUGAACUACCUGUCGUGUAUCAUGUGAUCGCUGUUUUCCUCGUUCACAAGGGUUGGCUUGCCUCAUUGAUAUGAUA